AAAAUCGAAGAUAUAGAAAAAGAAGUCGAAAAAUUAUUACAUGACGAUUCUUUGGCAGAGGCGGUGAAAGUUGCUUGGGAAGAUGCUGUUGAUUCGGAAACUGCAACUCCUGCUGCACUUCUUGGGACAAUGCCCGAGGAUGAGGAGGAGAUUGAGGAGACCGAAGUGCAAGUAGAAGACGAUGAUUACGAUGCAGAAGAAACUGAAGUUCCUGAAGAAGACUUGAUACAAGAACGUAAAAAUGAAAAUGAGGAAUCGGCUCAGAAUGAUGACAUAACAAAAGAAUUUCAGAUAGGCUUGGAUAUGAUGGAUCAACUAACAGAUGGUGAAGACAGUGAAGCAGAUGAAUCUGAAGAAAGUUCAUCCGCUUCUUCUUCAGAAGAAGAAGAUAGUUCUUUUGAAGACCAAGAAGAAUUGACUAAAAUCUUUGAAAAGCAAAGAACGUUAAAAUCAGAAUUAUCUGAAUUAGAUGCUAAUUUACAAAAGAAACGAAAAGAUUUAGAAGUAGAAACCAAUAGUAUCAUGCAGGGAAGAUUUCUUACAGAGAUUAACACUAUAACUGCGGAAAUAGAUCAGAAAAAGGCAGGAUUAGAAGAAGCAGAACGAAGAAUAUACGAAAUUCAAGAAAAGAUGGAAUCAAAAGUCAAAGCGCUCGAAGAGAAACUUGCAAAUGAUCAAUCUCAAGGUGAAGAAUCUGAUAAUGAAACGACAUCAUCAACUUCUGGUGAUAAUGAAAUUCAAGAAAAGGAUGAUGAAAUGGUAUAUGAAACGGAAGGAUCCCCCAUAGAAGGAAGGAAUGAAGAGGAUGAUGACGAGGGGAUGGAAGUUACUCAAAAGGUUAUUCAAAAGGUUACUCAUGCAGAUUCAGAAACAGCACCAAAGACAGCACAGUUACUUGCGAAACAAGAUAAAUACACUUUAAACACAUAUGCUCGCCCACCAAUUAUCUUUUCACAUGGUAAAGGAUGCCGAGUUUACGAUUUAGCCGAACGAGAAUAUCUUGACUUUACUGCCGGUAUAGCCGUAAAUGCAUUAGGUCAUUCGGAUCCCGAAGUCGCACAUGUUAUUUCGGAGCAAGCAAACAAACUUGUACAUCUUAGUAAUUUAUAUCAUAACGAAUAUGCAGGGGAAUUAGCAGAAUAUUUAGUUGAAUCAACACGCGCAGGAGGAGGAUUUGAAGCAUCAAAAGUAUUUUUCACAAAUUCUGGUACCGAAGCAAAUGAGGGAGCUUUAAAGUUUGCUAGGAAAUGGGGAAAAUUUUAUGGUAAAAAAGGUAUUAAUGAUGGUAGCAUUAAUACAGAAAAAUUCGGCGUAAUAUCAUUUUCAAAUGCUUUUCAUGGACGAUCAUUUGGGGCUUUAUCUGCUACACCCACAAAAAAAUAUCAAAGUCCAUUUACUCCCAUGUUACCAGGUUUCGUUUCUGCACCUUUUAAUGAUCUGAAUAAGAUAAAUGAAUUUGUUAAUGAUAACACUUGUGCUGUCAUUGUGGAACCUAUUCAGGGAGAAGGUGGUGUUUGGGAAGCUAGUGUACCUUUUUUGGAAUCAUUAAGGAAAAGAUGUGACGAUGUUGGAGCUUUAUUGAUUUUUGAUGAAAUUCAGUGUGGGCUUGGUCGUACCGGAAAGUUAUGGGCACAUCAACAUUUUCCAAAAUCUUGUCACCCCGAUAUUUUAACAAUGGCAAAACCAUUAGCAAACGGAUUCCCCAUCGGCUCAAUUAUGAUUUCUAAACGUGUUGCGGAUAUCAUUGUGAUAGGUGAUCAUGGUACAACAUUUGGUGGCAGUCCAUUAGCAUGUAAAGUAGCGCUUAAUGUAACAUCAAGAAUUAACAAACCAGAACUAUUGGAAAAUGUUAAUAAUGUUAGUGCCUACUUAUUUUCAUCGUUUGAAAGAAUUAGCAAAAAAUUUCCUUCAUUAAUUAGCACGAUUCGUGGUAAAGGACUUAUGAUUGGUAUACAAUUUACUCGUGAUCCAAGUCCUUUGAUUAAAUUAGCUAGAGAACGUGGUUUGUUAAUAAUCACUGCUGGUAAUGACACUGUUAGAAUUGUGCCCCCCUUAAUAUUGAAUAAGGAAGAAGCUAAAAAAGGCAUUGAGAUUUUGGCGGAAUGCAUAGAAAUCUUUAAUGAACAAAGUUAA